UGGACGGGUUUCUGGGCGUGGAGCUCCGUGUGAAGAGUCUCGGUCGCUGCUUUUCCUCGUCAGACCUGGCAACCCUGGUUGUGUCACAGAUACUUUAGUCCAGUUUACUUUCACUUCCUCCUGGACGGGUUUCUGGGCAUGGAGCUCCGUGUGAAGAUGAAGGUAGAAGGUGUGUGUGAGCUGAUGUGAAUCCAGCAGCAUGGAUCAGUGUGAGGACAGAGAGGAGGGAGUCCUUCCCUCCAAAACCUCCCCAAGGGGAAAAAAAAGAGUUGGAGAGAGUCGGAGAGAAGAAAAGAGGAAACGACGUGGACCUGGUCCUGAACCUGGACCUGGACCUGGACCUGGACCUGGACCUGGACCUGGACCUGGACCUGAACCUGAACCUGAACCUGAACCUGGACCUGGACCUGAACCUGAACCUGAACCUGGACCUGGACCUGGACCUGGUCCCAGCUGUGUGUCCUUGAAGAGUGACAAAUCAUUGGAUUUCUAUUGGCAUUUUAAAGAUACCCAAUGUUCUCCCUCAUUGAGGAGACGACCUGGACCUGGACCUGGACCUGGACCUGGACCUGAACCUGGUCCUGGACCUGGACCUGGACCUGGACCUGGUCCCAGCUGUGUGUCCUUGAAGAGUGAUGCAUCAAAGGAAUUUUUUAUCACUUUUAAAGAUGAUCCUGGUUUUUCUUCAGAGAGAGUGGACCAGCAGAUCUCAGAGUCCCCCAGUGGUCCGUCUGUCCAGCAGCACCAGACCCAGCUGGACUCCAUCUUUCAGCUGCUGGAGGACGACAUUGUCAUGUUUGUAAAGGACGAGCUGAAGAAGAUCCAGAAGGUUCUGAGUCCAGAUUACCCAGAAUCCCCAGAGAGUCUGGAGGAGGAUGAAGAUGAAGAGCAGAAGAGCAUCAGAGAGACAUUCAUGAAGAUCACAGUGAAGUUCUUGAGGAGGAGGAAGCAGGAGAAGCUGGCUGACCUUCUGCAGAGCAAUACCGUCGAUGCAGUUCGUCAAUCCAAACUCAAAGUUCAGCUGCAGAAGAAGUACCAGCAUGUGUCUGAGGGGAUCACUAAAGCAGGAAAGACAACCCUUCUGCAGCAGAUCUACACGGAGCUCUACAUCACAGAGGGAGGGACCGGAGAGGUCAACGGUGAACAUGAAGUCAGACAGAUUGAAGCAGCUUCCAGGAAACCAGACGGAGCAGAAACAGCCAUCAGACAGGAAGACAUCUUUAAACCCCCACCUGGAAGAGGAGGACCAAUCAGAACGGUGAUGACGAAGGGAGUGGGCGGCAUCGGGAAAACAGUCCUAACACAGAAGUUCAGUCUGGACUGGGCUGACGGCAGGACCAACCAGGACAUCCAGUUCCUGCUUCCAUUCACCUUCAGAGAGCUGAAUAUACUGAGAGAGGAGAAGUUCAGCUUGGUGGAACUAGUUCAUCGCUUCUUCUCUGAAACCAGAGGAAUCUGCAGCUUUGAAGAGUUCCAGGUCGUUUUCAUCUUUGACGGUCUGGAUGAGAGUCGACUUCCUCUGGACUUCCACAACUCUACAAUCGUCAGUGACCCCAGAAGGUCCACCUCAGUGGACGUGCUGCUGACAAACCUCAUCAGGGGGAACCUGCUUCCUUCUGCUCGUCUUUGGAUCACCACACGACCCGCAGCAGCCAAUCAGAUCCCUCCUUACUGUAUUGACAUGGUGACAGAAGUCAGAGGGUUCACUGACCCACAGAAGGAGGAAUACUUCAGGAAGAGGUUCAGAGAAGAGGAGCAGACCAGCAGGAUCAUCUCCCACAUCAAGACAUCACGGAGCCUCCACAUCAUGUGCCACAUCCCAGUCUUCUGCUGGAUCACUGCUACGGUCCUGGAGAACGUCCUGGAGACCAGAGAGGGAGGGGGGCUGCCCAAGACCCUGACUGAGAUGUACAUCCACUUCCUGGUGGUCCAGGCCAAACUGAAGAAGGUCAAGUAUGACGGAGGAGUUGAGACGGAUCCACACUGGAGUCCAGAGAGCAGGAAGAUGGUGGAGUCUCUGGGAAAACUGGCUUUUGAGCAGCUGCAGAAAGGAAACCUGAUCUUCUAUGAACCAGACCUGAGAGAGUGUGGCAUCGAUGUCAGAGAGGCUUCAGUGUACUCAGGAGUGUUCACCCAGAUCUUUAGAGAGGAGAGCAGGCUGUACCAGGACCAGUUCUUCUGCUUCAUCCAUCUGAGUGUUCAGGAGUUUCUGGCUGCUCUUCAUGUCCAUCAGACCUUCAUCAGCUCUGGAGUCAACCUGCUGGGAGAUCAACUAACAACUCACCCUUCUCCAAUCAGUUUCUAUCCGACACAUGUGGACUGGACCUUAAAGAGUCCAAACGGACAUCAGACCUUCAUCAACUCUGGAGUCAACCUGCUGGGAGAUCAACGAACAACUCACCCUUCUUCAACAGGUUUCUAUCCGACACAUGUGGACUGGACCUUAAAGAGUCCAAACGGACAUCACACCUUCAUCAACUCUGGAGUCAACCUGCUGGGAGAUCAACAAACAAAUCACCCUUCUUCAACCGGUUUCUAUCAGACACCUGUGGACUGGACCUUACAGAGUCCAAACAGACAUUUGGACUUCAUCAACUCUGGAGUCAACCUGCUGGGAGAUCAACAAACAAAUCACUGUUCUUUAACCGGUUUCUAUCCGACAGCUCUGGACUGGACCUUACAGAGUCCAAACGGGCUUUUGGACUUCAUCAACUCUGGAGUCAACCUGCUGGGAGAUCAACGAACAACUCACCGUUCUUCAACAGGUUUCUAUCAGACAGCUGUGGACUGGACCUUACAGAGUCCAAACGGACACCUGGACUUGUUCCUGCGCUUCCUCCUGGGUCUUUCAGUGGAGACCAAUCAGAACCUCCUAAGAGGUCUGAUGACAUCAAACCAAAGAAGUUCACAGAACAAUCAGGAAACUAUCAAAUUCAUCAAGGAUAAGAUCAGUGGGGAUCUGUCUGCAGAGAGAAGCAUCAACCUGUUCCACUGUCUGAAUGAACUGAACGAUCAGUCUCUGGUGGAGGAGGUCCAACAGUCCCUGAGGUCAGGACGUCUCUCCACAGAUAAACUGUCUCCUGCUCAUUGGUCGGCUCUGGUCUUCAUCUUACUGUCAUCAGAAGAAGAUCUGGAGGUGUUUGACCUGAAGAAGUUCUCAGCUUCAGAGGAGGCUCUAUGGAGGCUGCUGCCGGUGGUCAAAGCCUCCAAGAAAAUUCUACUGAGUGGCUGUCUCCUCUCAGAGGACAUCUGUCCACUUCUGUCCUCAGUUCUCAGCUCUAAGUCCUCCAGUGUGACAGAACUGGACCUGAGCAACAACGACCUGCUGGAUUCAGGACUGGAGCAGCUGUGUCCUGGACUGGAGAGUCCACACUGUCACCUGGAGUCUCUCAGACUGAGUGGCUGUCACCUCUCAGAGAACAUCUGUCCACUUCUGUCCGCAGUUCUCAGCUCUCAGUCCUCCAGUCUGACAGAACUGGACCUGAGCAACAACGACCUGCAGGAUUCUGGACUGAAGCAGCUGUGUCCUGGACUGGAGAGUCCACACUGUCACCUGGAGUCUCUCAGGUCAGGAUUCAUUCAAGUCUUCUCCAGGUCCAGAGAACCUGCUGCUAAACGUGUCUACAGCAGGACACUUGAGCAGAGAACAUGCAGCAGACCUGUGUUGUGUGUCUGCAGCAGGACACUUGAGCAGAGAACAUGCAGCAGACCUGUGUUGUGUGUCUGCAGCAGGACACUUGAGCAGAGAACAUGCAGCAGACCUGUGUUGUGUGUCUGCAGCAGGACACUUGAGCACAGGACAUGCAGCAGACCUGUGUUGUGUGUCUGCAGCAGGACACUUGAGCAGAGAAUAUGCAGCAGACCUGUGUUGUGUGUCUGCAGGCUGUCAGGCUGUCUGAUCUCAGAGGAAGGAAGUUCUUCUCUGGUCUCAGCUCUGACCUCCAACCCCUCCCACCUGAGAGAGCUGGACCUGAGCUACAACCAUCCAGGGGAGUCAGCAGAGAAGCUUCUGUCUAGACUGGAGGAUCCCCGCUGGAGACUGGACACUCUCAGGGUGAAGCCUGCUGGACAACGAUUUCUGACACCAGGUCUGAGGAAGUAUUCCUGUCAACUCACCGUCGACACAAACACAGUCAACAACAAGAUCAGACUGUCUGAUGACAACAGGAAGAUGAUGUUUGUAGAGGAGUAUCAGUCGUAUCCUGAUCAUCCAGACAGGUUUGAUCACUAUCAGCAGCUGCUGUGUAGAGAAGUUCUGACGGGUCGCUGUUACUGGGAGGUCCAGUGGAGCGGACAUGUUUAUGUAUCAGUGAGUUACAGAAGAAUCAGCAGGAAAGAAAACUCUGGUGACUGUUGGUUUGGAGGAAACGAUCAUUCCUGGAGUCUGGACUGUUAUCCAGGUGGUCGGUACCGUGUCUGGCACAAUAACAGAGAAACAUCCGUCUCCUCCUCAUCUCCAUCUCCAGUCUCUAACAGACUAGCAGUUUACGUGGAUGUUCCUGCUGGAACUCUGUCUUUCUAUAAAGUCGUCUCUGACAGACUGAUCCACCUCCACACCUUCAACACCAGCUUCUCUGAACCUCUCUGUGCUGGAUUUGGACUCUACUUGUCUGGUUCCUCAGUGUCUCUGUGUCCAGUUUAGUCUCCAGAGUCUCCUGUCAGAGAACCUGUCUAUGUUGGAUCCUGGACUUGGACUCUGGUUCUGGUUCCUCAGUGUCUCCAUGAUGAAGAUGAUGAUGAUGAUGAUGAUGAUGAUGAUGAUGAUGAUGAUGAUGAUGAUGAUGAUGAUGAAGAUAAUCACCAUUUUUCUUUAACUUUUUGGUUUAUUGUAUUUUUAUUUGAUCUUUUUCAAUUUUAAACACUAAAUAAUUU